CACUUGGUGGCUUUCAUUCCACAAAGGCACUCGAUAUUUUAUUGAUUCUUGAAAUAUGAACACUGCCGUUAUCUUAUCGAACGAGAUAUAAAGGAAGUUUUUCAGUUAUUUCUUAAGCGAUUGUAAGUCAAACCCAGAAAAAUGGACGCUACGUUCAAAAUGUUGCUAAAAAAAAUGGAAGCCAUGGAAGCUUUUUACGAAGACGAACAAGAAGCACAUAAUUUUCCAUAUUUCAUCGACAACAACCCUUUCCGUUUAGAAUGUAUGAUGUUCCUCUUAGGAAAAUUCAAGAUAAUUCCAAAAGUUUCUUGUGACAACAAAAACGCUGAAAAAGCCAUUCAGUAUAAGGACGAUGGCAAUUCAAAAUUCCUUAAUGCCAAAACUUCACUAGACUUUUUAGAAACGUUCAAACUCUACACACAAAGCAUUGCUUAUGCCUUAAAUAAUUCCAAGGAACUUGCAUUGGCGUACGCAAACAGAUCUGCGAUAUUAAUUCACGUAGGAAAAUAUCAAGAUUGUUUGGCUGAUAUCAACAGAGCCUUGAAUUUGAACUAUCCAAAUAAUUUAAAAUCAAAAGUUUUCCUCAGAAAGGCAGAAUGUCUCCUGGCCUUGGGAAAUCCCGAGGCAAAAAAAGCACACAAAAGUGCCUUGAAAUGGUUGAAAGAAGUGUCGAACGAGACGAUCAAAAUUAAAAUGAAGGAUAAACUUGAGAAUUUCUUCAAUAUGGAUAGAAAAUUUUAUAAUGAAGAAGAAGAGGAAAUUUUCUCGGUUGAAUGGGACUAUUCUGAGGAUGCGCAAAUUCCCUGUGCCUCGGAUGGCUUGGAAAUUAAAUAUAAUACUGAAUAUGGCAGGCAUGUAGUUGCUACUCGUGAUUUUCCAGCUGGAGAAAUUAUUAUUGCUGAAAAACCCUAUGCACAAGUUUUGGCUUAUAAGAAUAUGUAUACGCAUUGUGCACAUUGUUUAAAAGUGACCUGGAGUUCGAUACCUUGUUGUUAUUGUGUCUAUGCUGUUUAUUGCUCGGCAGAAUGCAGAGAUAUUGCCAGAAAAUUGUAUCACGAUAUUGAAUGUAGUGUUCUCGGUUUUCUUAUUGAGUCUGGAUUGAAUGAAGAUAGAUUACUCAGUACAAAAAUAGCAAUUUUAGCUCUGAGGGAGACCAAAAGUAUUUCGAAUUUGAAGAGUGAGUUGAAGAAUGUUAAUGCUUGCAAAGACAAAGUGAAAAAAGGAUUUUCUGAUGAUGGAAGGUUUCUCAGCGAUAAAUACAGAAGUGUAUACAGUCUUCAUAUAAACAAUGAAAAAAUAUCUCCCACUGACAUUUUCAGAAUGUGUUUCCAUUCUGCCUUUUUAAUGUAUGCUUUGGCUACUCGUAGUAAUUUAUUUGGAACUCUAUCAUCCGAUAUUUCAUGGAAUUAAAAUGGCUAAAAAUAUAAACAUUAAAUUCAUUGGAGGGUUAAUUAUUCAUCAUUUACAAAUUUUAAAUACAAACUUUCAUACGAUCAGAGAAAUAUAUUACAAUGAAAUCUCUGUUCGUGGUUACGGCAUUUAUCCAUUUUUGUCCAUCCUGAAUCACAGUUGUGAUCCAAGUGUUUUCCGAAUUUAUCAUCCAGAACAUGCGACUGCUCGUAUUACUCAACCAAUUAAAAAAGAUCAACAAGUAUUUGAAUGUUACGGUCCACACUACGAAGCAUUAGAAAAAAAUAUGAGGCAGAAAAUUAUGGAAUUUCAAUUCGGAUUCAAAUGCAAUUGUGUGGCUUGUAUAAAUGAUUGGCCGGUUAUGGAAAACUUACUGGGAUUGAAUACGUCAUUGUUAAAACAGGGUGUAAAUCUCGAAAAGGUUGUGCAGAAAUUACAUAAAAUGUUUCAUAAAUACGUCUAUUAUGAGGAUGUAACCAUAAAUUUGUACACAUUGCGAAAGCUCCUGAAAAUGAACGCGACAGUUUGGAAAUACGCUACCAAGCCAUGUAAGGAAUGUAGCAUGGCGACAAUCAUACUCAAAAACAUGUUUAACCAUUUAGGUAACAGAUUCGACAUUCCAAAUGUUCAAGACGCGAAAUAAGAGGUAUUUACCAUUUUUUUUUUAAAUCGUUAUUUCGAGAAAGAUAUUUUAUUUUUUAUGUUUCUUAUUUUGUUUGUUUGUCCAAAACUCUGCAGUAUGAAAUAAUUAUGAGAUUCAAAGUUGGGUUAUUUGAUACUGAAAAUAUUCAAAAAAGAAUCUUAAUAUUUACUUAAUAUAUAUCUCUUUUAUUUGGUGAAUAAUGACUGUUGUAAAAUACGAAUCGGCAUCUUAAGUGUUACUUAAUAUUUCAUAUUUUUAUAUACAGUCUUUCGCAUUGUUAUAUGUAUUAAAACAUAAGUACAAAUUAAAUUUAAGUACUAAAACUACUUAAGCACCCGUUUUGUAAAAUACUUAAAUUCUUUAAAAAAUGUAAGAGAAAUACUCGCAAUUCGACAAUAAACUUAUUAGUGGUAAGAGUAAAAGUAAUGUGAGUGAGUGGAAAAUUGAAGCUGAACUGGAUUCAGACGGUAGUGAAGGUAGUUUUUCGGGAGUUUUAAAAGUGAUUCUCCAUUCGACUCCCGGGUAAACGGGACUUUCGGUUUUUAGAUAGUCUUCUACUACCUCAUCUGUAGUUGCCCCUGUAAACACAAAAAAAUAGUUUUAUAACAAUUUCUAAUUAAUUGUAAUACUUUCAUUAACCCGCAAUUGUCACUCGGGGUCCAUUGGACCCCAUGCUUUUUUCAAACGCGAAUAUUUCUAUAACGCCUGCUUCAUUAUUUUCAUUUUUUUUUUCAUUAUAUUAACAUCUGAAUUUUUUUAUAUGAGCAAUAGCAUAUUGUUCACAA